CAAACAGCCCAGCUGGAUCUGGAGGAGGCAGUCUGCUGUGUCCUGUCCUUCAGCUGGCUGAGUGACGCUCCCCACUCCUCAGAGGGAAAGCUCUCUUGGAAGAGCUAGAGAGGUGCCCAACUCCGACCAUGCUGGCUUUGCUGUGCUGCUGCCUGCUUCUGGCGGCCCGGUGCUCUGACACCUGGAACGUCCCCGGCCCGGGGCAGCCCAGCUCGGACCUGGCAGCGCAGAUCCGCGACAUGUACGCCAAGGUGAUGGAGAUCUGGCGCGCGCUCACGCAGCGGCGGGAAGCAGAUGGCGGGCAGGACGCAGGGCUCCACGCCGUGUGCCGGGUGCAGCCGUCCGCCACGCUGGACGCCGCGCAGCCGCGGGUGACCGGCCUGAUCCUCUUCCGGCAGCAGGGGCCCGGUACCAAGCUCGAGGCCUUCUUCGACCUGGAGGGCUUCCCGGCCGAGCCGAACAGCUCCAGCCGCGCCAUCCAUGUGCACCGGUUCGGGGACCUGAGCCAGGGAUGCGAGUCCACGGGGCCCCACUACAACCCGCUGGCGGUGGCGCAUCCGCAGCAUCCAGGCGACUUUGGCAACUUCAUGGUGCGCGACGGCCGCCUUUGGAAGUACCGCGCUGGCCUGGCCGCCUCGCUGGCCGGCCCGCACUCGAUCGUGGGCCGCGCCGUCGUGGUCCACGCCGGCGAGGACGACCUUGGCCGCGGCGGUACCCAGGCCAGCCUGGAGCACGGCAACGCAGGCCAUCGGCUCGCCUGCUGCGUGGUGGGUGCCAGCGGCUCCGCGCCCUGGGCGCGCCAGGCGCAGGAGCACGCAGAGCGCUGGAAGCGGCGGCGCGAGAGCGGGUGCGCGACUGCCUGAGCUUGCCCGCCGCGUGCCCGGGGCCCGGUGUCCCCAGACGCCUGCGUCAACCCCCUCCCCCGGCAUCUCCGUGCUUCCGGGUUCCCUCUGUCCCGAGAUACUUCCAUUUACCUGGAGACCCCUCCAUACCCCGAGGUAUACUUAGUGUGCCGUUGGCGCUCCUUCACACCCCGAGACAACUAUGUAACCCCAAGAGCCCCGAGAUACAUCCAUGUACCCCAAGAGCUCAUCUGUGUCCCAAGACACCCCAGUUUUAGGAGCCCCUGAGACACUCCCAUGUACCCCGAGAGCCCCUCCAAGCCCCAAGAUACCCGUGUACCCCAAGAAUCCCUCUGUCCGAAGAAAAUAUCAUGUGCCCCUGGACCUUGGAGUUUUCAUUUGCUCCCAGAGUGUCCUCUACCCUGAGACCUCCUCCAGCCACGUGUGCUGACCCACUCUUUUCCAUUCUGAGGGCUCCGAGGCCCACCUCAGAUGUACUGAAAUACCUUGUCCACCCUGAUUCCCUCCUGAA